GCUUUCCGUCAGUCACUCCGUCAGCGUAGUAUUUUCAUGCUAAAAUUCAAGAUUAUUAUUGGGAUUUAGCGUAAAUAAAUCUUCAAUGACCAAGUUUUCAUGUUAACAAGUGUAUCGCAAGUGCAAAUAGUUAAUGAGGCGGACGCAGGAAGCGUGCUAUAGUUCGGACUCACUCAUUGUAAUGAAAAAUGUCGACGCUGUAUGGAUCUACAUACAACAGAACAAAACGAAAGUGACUAGUUGACCGUGUGUUGCUGGGUGAUUAUUCUCGUUCCUAGACCUAAUUCCUGCCUUUAAAAUGGCGCAGACCGUGAGGCGUGCCAUUGAGGGCAGAUACCCAUCCUGUUACAUACCAAGUAGAAUAAAAGAAAGGCGAGCCAAAGCCAGGGCAUUAAGAUUAGAACAACAAAGAAAGCCAGAUAAGCCGGAGGACUUUGUGUGUUACUCGGACAGCGACAGCGAAGAGGAAACACCGGCACAACAACACCGAACUCUCUGCACCUCAUAUAAUUUUGUGGAUUAUGUCCGCUCUAGGGAAAUAUUGGCUCCAGAGCCUCGCUCGGUGGACCCGUCGUACGCGACGCGACACAUGCUCACGCACGACAUGUUCCGCGAGACGCCCGUCAACCUCGGCAACAUGAACAAAGUGUUCUGCUCGCAGUGGCUCUCAGACAGGCAGGUCGUGUUCGGCACCAAGUGUAAUAAGCUAAUGGUAUACGACGUACGAACGCGGUCGCUGGACGCCAUCCCAACGCUGCGGCCGCGCGCGCCGUGGGCCGGGCCCGACCACCAGACUGGAAUCCACGCGCUGCAGAUCAACCCUUCCAGAACAUUAUUAGCCACCGGAGCGAGAAACUCGUGUGAACUAGCCAUAUACAGCCUGCCCACUCUCGACCCCGUGUGUGUGGGGGAAGCGCAUAAAGACUGGAUCCUGGAUAUGUGCUGGCUGGACGACGAGUUCCUGGUGACGGGGUCGCGCGACUCCAAGCUGGCGUUGUGGCGCGCGCCCGAUGUCGGGCCGCGAUCCGCGCCGCAACACGAUUAUGUGGCCCCGCUCGCUAUCAAGGAGUGCCGCUCCGGCCAGAAGGUGCGCGCGCUGACGUUCAACAGCCGCUGGCGCGAGAUCGCGGCGCUGACACUGAACGGCUACAUCCACGUGUUCAGCGCCGAGAGCUUCCGCCAGAAGCUGUCGCGCAAGCUGCCCUCCUGCCAGGACCUCGUCUGCCUCGCCACGCAGGAAAGCGGCGUAUACGCGAUCGGUUGUAAAUCCUACACGCUACUACUAGAUUGCCGCACGCUACAGUCCGUGAAGAAGAUCACGUCGCGCUACAACGGCUGCGGCAUCCGCUCCGCCAGCUUCCGCGGCAACAUGCUCACCAUCGGCACGGGGCUGGGUCUGCUAAUGUUCUACGACCUGCGGGCAGGCAAAUACCUAGAAAGCAAUAUCCAUUCGUCCAAGACGGUCACACUAAGGGCUUCCAGAGGCUAUGUAUUUCCGGACCAAGAAGAGGACGGUUACAACCAAGUAAAGUACGUGCCAGCCAUCUACACACACUGCUACGACCACUCUGGGACGCGAAUCUUCACAGCCGGCGGCCCGCUACCCGCGACACUCGUCGGCAACUAUGCUGGGCUAUGGCAGUGAGCCCACCGCUGGCGUGUGGGCGUGGGCAACUAGACCACGCCCCAUCCCGGCUGUGGGAUGGAGUAUGGAGGUUGAUACCUAGUUAAAAACUUUAUACUAUACAGGGUGUUAGGUAAGUGGGUAUAUGAGCCGACACCAGCCCAUGUUAACAUGGGCAUAUUAAUGGUAUGGUGAAGUCAGAAAAUUGAUGUCUUCAUUUUAAUUAUUUUAAUUUUCAUACAAAUCGGAUUUUAUAAAAUUUAUUUUGUAUGAAACAUAAAAAAAAAAGAUGAUAUAAAAUUUCUGACUUCACCAUACCUUUUAUAUGACCAUGUUAACAUGGGCUAGUGUCGGCUCAAAUACCCAUUUACCUAACACCCUGUAUAAAAAUUUGUACAUAAAUUAAGAUCACAAUCUAUCCCAGCUGCCGGUCUCUGGUUUAGUGAUUCCUAGUUUAAAUGUUUGUUAAGAUAUAAAAAAUAACGCCCAAACCCAACUGUGGGCAACUGGUGGGCUAUAAAUACUACACAAAAUCGAAAAGUCGCAACCCCAGCUGUGGCUAAAGAACUAAGCUGGGCUAAUUAUUCUAGAUUAAAACAUUAAAACUAAACAGAAUAAAGGAAAAAGACCACGCCCAAUCCCAGCUGUCAGCUUUAAACAAAGCAAAUAAAUAUCUAUCUAUCUAAUCCCAACUCUGAGCAACUUUCGCAAUGUAUAGACAUGUCAAUAUGUGUAAUGAAGUAACUACGAAUCGCAUGUGCCUCAAUGUCAAACACAAAUGUUAUUUUACUACUGUUAGUCAUCGUUAUAGUUUUCUGAAACUAACAUCACAUUUCGUGACUAGAAACAUGAUACAUAACAUCUGUAACACUACAUUUAAAUCACAACGAUUAUUGAAGAAAACUCAAGCAGAAAACCAGUUUUUGGUACCAAUUUUAUAAACCAGUCUCAUCUAGUUAGAUUUGUAGUUGAGUUACCAAUUGUGUAAAUGGGCGUGACUUAAGUAAGCCACGCCCAUGUCUUAUGAAUCGGUGCGGUUUGCACUUGAAACUGAUAUAAAGCCUUUACUAGUUGAACCCGAGCACAACUUUUUAUAAACCAAUGUCCAUAGACCACGCUAGAAUUGUUUUAAUGUAAUAAAAAUGUGUACGUUUUGAAACGUGCAUGAGGGAUAAAUGUGAAAAAAGCAGUGUGGAAAACUUGACUAAAGGAUUUGACGUAAACGUAAUUAGCUAAUAAAUAAAAAUUGGCAAAUUUUGUGUGUAUGAGUGUGUA